GCUAGGGUUUCUCUCUCGGCUUCGGUACUUUAAAGGCCCCCCUCGACGCUUCCGAGUUCUCGAGGAGGAGGCGCGCAAACAGGAGGCCGACAUCCGAAAAAGAUGGCCAGGGGAUUAAAGAAACAUCUAAAGAGGCUCAAUGCCCCCAAGCAUUGGAUGCUGGACAAGCUUGGUGGAGCCUUUGCUCCCAAACCAUCAUCUGGCCCUCAUAAAGCCAGGGAAUGCUUGCCCUUGAUUCUUAUAUUAAGAAACAAACUGAAAUACGCACUUACGUAUCGUGAAGUCAUUGCUAUUCUGAUGCAACGUCAUGUAAUGGUGGAUGGAAAAGUCAGGACUGACAAAACUUACCCAGCUGGUUUCAUGGAUGUUGUCUCAAUUCCCAAGACAAAUGAAAACUUCCGCCUCCUGUAUGACACCAAGGGACGCUUCCGUCUCCAUUCGAUAAGGGAUGAAGAGGCAAAGUUCAAGCUCUGCAAGGUUCGCUCUGUCCAGUUUGGACAGAAGGGCAUCCCCUAUUUAAACACCUACGAUGGUCGUACCAUUCGCUACCCCGACCCUCUCAUCAAGGCCAAUGACACCAUCAAGCUUGAUCUGGAAACCAACAAGAUUGUAGACUUCAUCAAGUUCGAUGUUGGAAAUGUUGUGAUGGUGACCGGCGGAAGAAACACCGGUCGUGUCGGCGUGAUUAAGAACAGGGAGAAGCACAAGGGGAGUUUUGAGACCAUCCACAUCCAAGAUGCUACUGGGCAUGAGUUUGCGACUCGCUUGGGCAAUGUCUUCACCAUUGGUAAGGCGACUAAGCCAUGGGUGUCUCUUCCCAAGGGCAAGGGUAUCAAGCUCAGCAUCAUUGAAGAGGCAAGAAAGCGCUUGGCUGCUGCUAAUGCAACUGCCACUGCUUAAUCCUAUGCUCUGCACCCAUCAGAAUCUUGUUCUUGGAUCUUUGAUGGACUCGGCCUUUGAUUUUAGCUCUCUGUUACUUGCAUUUCAAUUUUGCUUUGGAGAUUUUGAGUAGAAGAUACGAUUCUUAUCAUAAUUCUGACAUGUAGUUUCCUGAUGAGGGUUUUCUUGAAGUUCACCACCCUGUUCUUACUGCUGGAUCUUGGCAUUUUUAUUUGGCAUAAUCAAAGAACUAGUUGAAUUAUAAAUUUAUUUC